AUGCUGUCUACAUCCAAACUGACUUCUACCAAUAAUAAACUUCAGAUUCUUCUGUUGUCUUACGCACGGAGUGGGUCUUCGUUUCUGGGAGACUUAUUACAGAGUUAUUCCAAGGUCUUUUACAUAUUUGAACCUCUUCAUUAUUUUAGAAACAAAAUGACUCACCUCCACACAAAAAACUCAAGUCAAUUUCUAUACGACCUUUUUAAUUGCAACUUUUCGGAAUGGCGUUCUUUUCUAAGUUGGACAAGAAGGUAUAAGCAAUACAAAAAUCUCGAACGUAAUAGGCGAUUUUGGUCUGCUUGUUCGGUUGGAAGAAACACAAAUAGGUGUUAUAAUUUUCGGUUCGUUACUUCUUUCUGUAAAAUGCAUUCAAUGCAAGUCAUUAAAGUGAUAAGGGUUUCUUUAACACAGGUUGGAUGGAUGCUCCAAACGAGCCCAGAUAUGAACUUAAAAGUAAUCCACCUCAUCAGAGAUCCUCGAGGAACAAUGAAGUCGCGGUUAAUGGAGGAAGUAAUUGCUUUUUGGUGCAAAAAGUCGUUAUGUUCUAAUCCUAUGUCACUGUGUACUCAAAUCAAUGAUGAUCUUAAUUAUGCUUGUAAAAUGGGAUCGAUGUUUUCUGAAAAAUACAAACUUCUGCGGUAUGAGGACCUUGCUCGAAAACCCCUUGAGACAGCUCAAGACUUAUUUAAGUUUUUAGGCCUAAAUACUCUACCCAAGGAGGUUAUUGACUUUGUGGAGACACACACCAAGGGAACCAAGUCGAUUAAAAAACAGAAACAAACGGAGGAGUGGGCAUAUUCUACGUUCAGAAAUUCUUCUGAAACUGCGUUUUCGUGGGUAAAGCAACUUCCCUUUAGAACAGUCUUAAGCAUCCAGUCUAUGUGUAAAAGUGUUUUAGACCGUAUGAGCUAUGUAGCUCUAAGUUCUCCCGCUCAAUCCAAAAACCCUCAACUUUUAGCAGACAUGUUUAACAAAUCAAAUGUAUGCUAA